AUGGCAGAGGGCCUGAAGUUUGAAGAUGUGGCCAUUUUCUUCUCUCAAAAGGAAUGGGAAUGCUUGCACUCUACCCAAAAGGAUUUGUACCGAGAUAUAAUGUUGGAAAAUUAUAACAACCUGAUCUCACUGGGACUUUCUGAUUCUAAGCCAGAUGUGAUCUCCUUAUUGGAACAGGGGAAAGAACCCUGGAUUGUUAAAAAGAAGGAGAUAAAAGAAUGGUGCCCAGAUUGGGAGUCCAGAAGAAAAACCAAGAAUUUGCCUCCAAAGGAGGGCAGUUAUGAAAUUAAAUCAUUGCAACCAAAGAUAUCAAAAAGACCUAUAAGUUCUAACCUUGUGUGCACUCGGGUCAAAAAUAAUAGUGAAAUCAAAUGCUACUUGGAGAAACAACAGGAUGGACAUUUCAGACCAAUGGUAAUGACCUCUAAAGAAAGGUCUGCUUCUAUUCAGUGUACAGUCAAUAGACUACCUCACAUAAUUCAUUCUGGAGCGAAAUGUGAAUGCAAGGAAUAUAAAGAAGCUUUCAGUUACCAAGCAUGCCACCUGCAACAUGAAAGCAGUCAUAAUAAGGGGAAAAACUCUAAAUGUGGAGACUAUGGUAAAGCCUUUAAUAGUAGAUCAGGCUUGAUUAAACAUCAAAUAAUUCAUGAAAGAAAGAAAAGUAAUGAAUAUGAGAAAUGUGCUUUUAUUCAUGACUCUGAAAUUACUACACCUCAAAGCAUUAAUAUUGGUAAGAAAGCUCAUAAAUGUAAAGAAUGUGGAAAAGCUUUUCAUUCUAGCUCACAACUUUCAAAACAUCAAAGGAUUCAUAUUGGUGAGAAACCCUAUAAAUGUAAGGAGUGUGAGAAGGCAUUUUCAUCUACCUCACAACUUAAUUUACAUCAGAGAAUUCAUACAGAUGAGAAAUACUAUGAAUGUAAGGAAUGUGGAAAAGCCUUCACCCGUCCCUCACAUCUUUUUCGACAUCAGAGAAUCCAUACAGGUGAGAAACCCCAUAAAUGUAAGGAAUGUGGUAAAGCUUUUCGUUAUGAUACACAACUUAGUCUUCAUCAAAUAAUUCAUACUGGUGAAAGACGCUAUGAAUGUAAAGAGUGUGGAAGAGUAUAUAGUUGUCCCUCACAACUGAAUCUGCAUCGAAGAAUUCAUACUGGUGAGAAACCUCAUAAAUGUAAGCAGUGUGGGAAAGCUUUUAUCUCUGAUUCACAUCUUAUUCGACAUCAGAGUGUUCAUACUGGUGAGAAACCAUAUAAAUGUAAGGAAUGUGGGAAGUCCUUUCGCCGUGGCUCAGAACUUACUCGACAUCAGAGAGCUCACAGUGGUGAGAAGCCCUAUAAAUGUAAGGAAUGUGGAAUGGCCUUUACUUGUAGCACAGAACUUAUUCGACAUAAAAAAAUUCACACUGGUGAGAGACCCCAUAAAUGUAAGGAAUGUGAGAAGGCUUUUAUUAGAAGGUCAGAACUUAUUCAUCACCAGAGAAGUCAUACUGGUGAAAAACCAUAUGAAUGUAAGGAAUGUGGGAAGGCCUUUGGUCGCAGCUCAGAACUUAAUCGACACCAGAAAAUUCACACUGGUGAGAAACCUUAUGAAUGUAAGCAAUGUGGGAAAGCCUUUAUUCGUGGGUCACAUCUUAGUCAACAUCAAAAAAUUCAUGCAGCAUAG